GAAGAUCUCCCGCAGUCUCACUCUCGCGGUCUGAACUUGCCCAGACAACUAGCCUGGACCCUUGACUUGCACAAUAUGUGGCGCAAAUCCUCAAGGAAUCUGCCAUGAAUGGGUCGAAACGUGGCUCCCUCGAAUCCUCCGAGAGGCCAACCCCGUUCCCCAAGAUCGAAGACGAACUGAGCACCCAAGAAAAGGAGGGAAAGGAAAGCUCGAAACCACCCAAGAGGCUGCGCGACGGACACAAAAGAUCCACGUCGGGGAACAUCUUGUCCCGAUUUGCCUUUUUGCGGACCAACAGCGACCAAGACAAGAGUGACACCGUCGAUCGUGAUGGCUCGGACACCGCCAUCAACUCGCAGCACCACCACCAUGGGCGGGGCGCCAUGGCAGAAGCUCAGGUCCAGACGAAGAGGAAGCGAAAAGGGUCCUUGAGAAAGACUGUCCUGGGAAAAGGAAGAGACAGGAAGAAUUCAGACAAGAAAAGUCCUCUGUCCAGCGCAGACUCCCCUACAACGACGACGACGACAACAACGACGACGACAGCGCGGUCGCCGGGCGAGGAGGAACAAGCACCGCCGACGCCUCGAGCGAGUCAAGAACUGCCGAGUAGCAGUAGUCCCGCCUCUCCCGACUCCCCCCCCUGGUCGUUCCGCACACUGUCACGAGUCUCUAUUCCCUCGAUACGCAGCAGUAUCGCGUCCAUCGAGCCGGCGUCUUCCACCGCCUCGAUCACCAGCCCGACGAUGGCCACGGACGCGUCGACGGACGACGAGGAGCAGCUGGUGUUGCCGCGCAUGCCGGCGCUGAGGAAAUUGCCUUCGUCGACGUCCUCGUUCGGCGGCUUUGGCGGCGGCGGUGACUCGUACUUCCCCAUCCAAGAUCCCGUGCGUCGCAUGUUCGCUUCCCGCACACGGUCGCCGCUGGCCACCCAGCCGCAAUCCGUCGCCGGCACGCCGCCGGAUGAGGAAGGGUGGGACUACUCCGAGACGGCGUUCUGGGGGUACGUGAUCCUAAUCGUGACGUGGAUCGUCUUCGUCGUGGGCAUGGGCUCGUGUUUCGACAUCUGGUCGUGGGCGUGGGACGUGGGGGAGACGCCCUACGCGCCGCCCGAGCUGGAGGACGACCCUACCCUGCCGAUAGUCGGGUACUAUCCCGCCCUGCUGGUCUUGACGUGUGUCAUGGCGUGGGUGUGGGUGGUGGUGGCGUGGGUGGGUAUGAAAUACUUCAAGCAUGCGGAUUUCAAAGGAGAUGAUGGUUGAUGAUGGGUAUUAAAAAAUGGUUAAUGGUGCAGCAAUUUCAGAAGGAUAUGGUAUCUAGAAAUAAACAAAAACACAAACA